UUAUGCGACGAUUUUAAAGGGUAAAAAUUAAAGAGCUGCCCACCAUUUGAAGGAGAAACGGUGCGAUUUCUCCUCACAAAAAAACUCAGUGGGUUCCCGGCUGCUUAAUGAAAAUUCAGUGAAUAUGGCGGGUGCAAAGAUCGUAAUCGUAUUUGAUUUUGAUGGGACCCUAAUUGACGAUGACAGUGAUAGAUGGGUCGUAGAGAAUAUGGGUCUGACCCAUUUAUUCAAUCAGCUCCGACCCACUUUACCUUGGAAUGCUCUCAUGGAUAGGAUGAUGGAGGAGCUACACUCACAGGGUAAAACAGUUGAACAAAUAGCUGAAUGUUUGAAGAACGUCCCAUUGCAUCCUCGAACAAUUUCAGCCAUAGAAUCAGCUCAUGAUCUUGGAUGUGACUUAAAAGUAGUCAGUGAUGCCAAUCAGUUUUACAUCGAGACUAUAUUGAAACAUCAUGGAUUAUACAGAUGUUUCUCGGAGAUCAUUACUAACCCAACUACGGUAGAUGGAGAAGGUAGACUAAGGAUCUUUCCUUACCAUGAUUUGACGUCAUUUCAUGGUUGUAAUCUAUGCCCUCCUAACUUGUGCAAGGGUCUUGUUACUGAGCAGAUGCAAGCUUCCAUGUCUGAGAAAGGGAAAUCAAUAUUCAUAUAUCUUGGAGAUGGCAGAGGUGAUUACUGCCCAACCUUGAAGCUUGAUAGAGGAGACCAUGUGAUGCCAAGGAAGGGCUUUCCGUUGUCGGAUCGCCUGCUAAGUAAUCCAAAUCUUUUGAAAGCAGACUGUCAUGAAUGGAGCAAUGGGGAAGAACUAGAAAGCAUCCUACUCCAGCUUAUUGGAAAAAUAUGCAAUGAAUAGAACAUUGAUAUUCUUGGUAACAGUCUCUUGAAAUUGUCAGGGUAUAUCUGCCCCUGCACCAAUUUCCAAAUGACUGUUAAUCAUAGCAAAUUGAUAUCUGUUAAUUUCAGCUUUAUCUUGGUUAGGCGCCUGCUUUUCAUACAAUAUAACAAACCCUAGAAUAGGUGGUUUGUGUUGUGAAUAACUUGGUGGAUGACCAUGUGGGGCCCUUGCACUGUAGCAAGUCAGGGAGCCCAAUUUACUCAA